CUACAAUGACAUCAACCAACCCACUACAAUGUCCAGCCCUAACCGGACUAAACGCCUUCACCCGCCCUCUAACCGCCGAAGACCUCAAGUCCUGCGUAACCGUUGAAAGCUCCUUCGUCGAGCGAGAAAGAUGCUCAGAAGAAAAGUUUUCAUACCGCCUCAACCGAACCCCGGAACUCUGCCUCGGCCUCUUCAUCAAAACGAAUGACACCGAACAACUUAUCGCCAACGUCAUCGGGAUUCGAUCCCUUUCGACAACAAUAACAGAAGGCUCUAUGAAGAUGCCUAGUGACUGGCGAUCUCGCUCCCCACACGACCCUGUGAUAAUAGGUGAAGAGGUCAUUGGUGAUGACCCGCGCGGUACUAAUAUCGCGGUCCAUUCUGUUGCAGUUCUGCCUGCGUACCAGGGAACAGGGGUGGGGAAGUAUCUUGUUAAGGCGUAUGUGAAGUAUAUUAGGAACACGAGCAUAGAGGCAGAUCAAAUUAUGUUGAUAUGUCAUGAUUAUCUGAUCCAGUUUUAUGAGAGUGCGGGGUUUGUGAAUCGGGGGCCAAGUCCGUGUCGGUUUGCGGGUGGGGGAUGGUUUGAUAUGGUGAGUUUAAUGAUUAUUAAGUCUUGGGGGUUUGUUGGUGAUUGAUAUGCUGAUUAGUGCAUAGGUACU